CUCGCUUCCACAUGAAGUUUACUGACUGAUACUGUACCAGCUUCGAUGAGAGACGCCAACUCUCCAGACUAGUUGAAGCCUUUAUCUCACGAGCUAAUGCGAAACAGAGACGGGGAAGAGCUGGACGGGUUCAGAAUGGAAUCUGUUUUCACAUGUUUACGAAGCAUAGACAUGAAAAAUUGGUACGCAAACUUCUGCAUAGUAGUAGAAUGUUCUCUAACGUUUUGUAGCUUGCGGAACAACAAACACCAGAGAUGCUUCGUUUAUCUCUUCAAGAUCUAGUGCUACGAGUCAAGAUCUGCAAACUGGGUGAAGUGGAACAAACUCUUCUCGAAGCCCUGGACGCACCUUCUUCCAAGAACAUUCGUCGCGCUAUAGACUCUCUUAAGGAGGUCAAAGCAUUGACAAAUUCAGAAAACUUAACCCCACUGGGCAUACAGCUUGCGAAGUUACCGUUGGAUGUCUUUCUCGGGAAGUUGAUCAUCCACGGAGCCUUCUUCAAGUGCCUGGAUGCAUCUCUUAGUAUCGCGGCUAUUUUAUCUUCCAAGUCGCCCUUUGUCAAUACCAUGGGAUCCAACACUCAGAAAGACCUUGCAAGGCUCUCAUUCAAGAAAGGCGAUUCUGAUCUAAUAACUGUAUACAAUGCAUAUUGCGCGUGGAAGCGCAUGAGAAGCACCCCCGGUGCUAACGAGUAUGCUUUUUGUCGAAAGAACUUCCUCAGUUCCCAGACGUUGUUGAAUAUCGAGGAUAUCAAGAUGCAACUUAUCGUGUCUAUUGCCGACGCAGGUCUUUUGAAACUAAAUCCAAACCAGAAAACGGUCCUGAACAGAGCUCGCUACGGCGGUCGCCAGCGUCAAUUCUUCACCAUCCCUGAAGAAUACGACAUCAACAGCAACAGCGACAUCAUUGUCAACUCCGUCAUUGCUUGGAGCUUCUAUCCAAAAAUGCUCACCCGCGAAGGCAAAGGCUGGCGGAACGUUGCCAACAACCAGACCGUCACACUCCACCCGACCUCGGUGAACAAACAAGCUGAUACAACCUUGAAGUGGCUGUCGUACUAUCACAUCAUGCAGGGCCGGAAUCGGAAUUACAAUGCUUUUGAAACGAACGCUGUAGACGACUUCGCCAUUGCGCUGUUGUGCGGCGAGGCCGAAUACAAGGUAGGUUGAACCUCUGGAAGGCCCAAAAGGGGGUAUGGACAUGACAUCUAAUCAAAUUACAGAUGUACUCCGGCGUGAUCUCAAUUGACGCCAAUCGAAUCCGCUUCGCAGUUCGAGACUGGAAGUCCAUGCUGGCGCUGAAGACCCUUAGCGCUCGUAUACGGGACAUCCUGUCUGGGACAUUCCGGGAUCCACAGAAGAAGCUAUCUUAUAAGCAACAACAAUGGAUCCAUAUAUGGCAGCAUAUAUUUACGGAGGCAGGGAAAUGAAGGUCACAACAGCUAUGAAGGAAUGAAAAGAAACGCGAU